CAGUGAAGUUUGUCAGUUCUCACAUGAGGUGCACGCUAUAAAGUAUAAACAUCAUAAGAAUCACCCAAGAUAAUAUCAGGCCUCUCACGCACGUCAAGUGUUCGACGUUUUGCCUCACUGAGACUCCCACCUCUCUCAUUUCACAAUGCACAACAAACCCACGUUAGCCCGCUUUUACCAACUUCUCAAAACCUCUGCACACGCAAAUGCAUUGCCAUUUCAGUUCAUGUGGGUGUCAGUAAGGCACAAACACAGCGGAGGAAGAAGACCCAAGAAGAGAGUCUACCACAGAGACCAUGAUCUUGACAAAGCCAUGGACUUGCGGAAGAAGCCAGCCUUGAUAUUGGACCUGAAGUCCAUUAUUCAGUCACAGAAACAUGGAUUGGUGCUUCUCAGGGACCUAGAGAAAGAAGUUGGGUUUGUUCAGAAGUGGAAUUUCAUGGCUGUUAUAGAGAGAAACCCUUCAAUAUUCUAUGUUGGUGGCGGGAAUAGAACACCGCCUUUUGUUCAGCUCACUGAUAAAGCUGAAAGGGUUGCUAGGGAAGAAGCUGAAGCUAAGCAGUUAAUGGAACCCAUUUUGGUUCGGAACCUAAGGAAGUUGUUAAUGUUGUCAGUUGACUGCAGGGUCCCACUGGAAUCGAUUGAUUUUGUACAAUGUGAGUUGGGAUUGCCGGAUGGUUUCAAGAAGACAUUGAUUCCGAAGUACCCUGAAUUUUUUUCGGUUAAGGAUGUGAGUGGGAGAGCCUAUCUUCAUUUGGAGAAUUGGGAUUCUUCUCUAGCUGUCACAUCUCAUGAGGAACGAUUAGCUAGUGAUGGGAUUGUGGCCUCUGAUGGAGUGGGAAAGAAUUUCAGAAUAUCAAAAGAUGGUAACUUUCGAGGUCCACAAGCGUUUAGAAUGAAGUUUCCUGCUGGUUUUCGGCCAAAUGCAAGUUAUCUUGAGCAGCUUGAGAAGUGGCAGAAACUCGAAUUCCCUUCUCCAUAUCUGAAUGCAAGGAGAUUUGAUAUUGCUGAUACUAAAGCAAGGAAGCGAGUGGUGGCUGUGCUUCAUGAGCUACUCAGUUUGACAAUGGAGAAGAGGAUGACAUCUGCUCAAAUGGAGGCAUUCCACUCAGAGUAUUUCUUACCUUCUAAAUUGCUGCUUUGUUUGAUUAAGCAUAAUGGUAUCUUUUACAUAACUAAUAAAGGUACAAGGAGUACUGUUUUCCUUAAAGAAGCUUAUGAUGGAUCAAAUUUGAUGAACAAAUGUCCCCUCUUGCUAUUCAAUGAUAAAUUUGUGGGACUUAGUGGUAGGAGAGAGACCGCCUCAUGUAAUGCUAUGCCUUCUUUAUAGAUUUUAUCUUGAAAGUGCUGGCAUGGUUUGUUGUUAGUUUUCACUCACGUAUUGCUAUACAUUCCUUAUGGGUUCUUCUGGAAAUUGUUGAUUAUGUAUAUAGGGAUUUUUGUUAAUGCCGCUUUCAUGUGUCUCAA